GGUCCACGCCCACUCUGAGUGGCUUUAAUUGUGAAAGCGUGACGCCGGAAGUCGCGCACUAGUGCUGCGGAGCUCGACAGCCGUGGCCGCCGGUUUUCCACGGUUCCUCCCGGGGACAGACACCGACCUCCCCCGCUCCUCUGGGUCCUGUCCAGGCUCGGGUCUGGCUCUGGUUCCGGGGAGCCCCGCGGCCCUCCUGCCGUCCCGGCGUCCUGCGAUCUGCGCUCCGCGGUGCGCCUCCACCAGCAGCAUCUCUCCUGGUGCGGCGCUGCUCCUCUGACUGGAGGAAUCUGGCUCCGGCGGCGUUGGACCCGGACCAUAAACGGACCCAUUGACAUUCAGACAGCGUGGCCGGCUGCUGGGAGGCUGCAGCUGCAGCAGCAAACCUGCCGGUGAAGCCGAGGCGAAGGCUUGCUCCUGCUGAAACGCAGAGGUUUUGUGCAAAAACGCUGUGGCCUUCAGCAUUCCUGGAAAGACUGGCAAACACCAACGUCGAUAAUCGAUCUCACAGGAAGCCUCGGGGAUCUGGAGGCACAGCGAGGGAGGAAAAGAAAUCUGUUACAGUGAGAGGAAUGCAGCGGUAGACCUGUACCUGUAGAACGGGUCACCAGCCGGCACAAAGCGGACACUACUCCGAUCGGAGUCACCUGAAGGUCAGUAACCAACCGGACGCUCCGCUGCUUAACGAGAACACCAGGCACAGCUGGUUGAAAACAAUUAAAUUAGUGCUUUGAACGAAGCUUAGCACACAACGGCACGACCGUGCACACUCCUGCUGAGGCCUGAAGGACAGAUGCUGCCCUCACCCUGCCGCGCAUCAUCCCCUCAAAUCCAGCGGAUGGUUGUUCCUCGCUGCUUCAUGUGUGGGUAAAACGUCAGACGCACACCCCCGGUACACUUCUGCAGCGAGUAUGAUCUAUUGCUAUCGCUGUGCUUUUCAGUUUUUCCCCCCGUGGGGACAGAGAUGAGAUAAAAGGGCUGCGCUGUGGAGAAUCCGAACUUCUCAUGUGAGGAAGACCUGAAUUCAACAAUACUCUUGUACAACGUCUCAGUGCCGUGGUGAAGUGGAUUCAGACAGUGCGGACCGAAACGAGGAGCAGAGAAGGAGAAAAUAGAGGAAGAGGAGGGUGUUUUUUUUUUAAUGUCCAUAACGAAGGACCUCCUCCCCUCUGCUGCUCCUCCCUCCGUCUUCCCUCUCUCUCUCCUCUGAUCUGCCAGCGUUCCUUGGCUCCGGUGCUUCAGUGCAGAGAGGAGACGGCGAUAGGAAAGGAGGCUGAGCGGAAGGAGCCGAGCGCGGCAUCAACACAGGACAGAGCCUCUGCAUCCCUCCUCCGGGAUCUCGCUGAAGCCGCAUCGUGGAGCGAAGGCAGCGCACCCACAGGGCCGGGAAAGUUUUCAAGGGAAACAAACGGGUGAAUGAAGGCUGAGCUCACUGAGGAGAGAAUCUGGAGAGGAGUUCGGACGCCGUCGGGUCACAGCUGCGGCGGAGAGGAGCAGCAUCUCUGAGCGUGACACUAAUCCAUCCGCCGUCUGGGGCCCCCCCGUUCCUGCUGCUCUGACCAACGGGGCACUCUGGCGUGACGGCGGGCUCCUCCCAGUAACCAGGCCUCCAGGUACAGUGGCAGGCCCAGGGGUGGGGGCAUGGCCGUGGGGGGGCCGCAUCCCGUCCUCCACGCUCCACCGCGACAGAGGCUUCGGCUGGGGGUCCUGGGGCAGGGGCCCGCCCAAGGUGGCCCCCAGACUAUCGGAUCUCCGCCCCUGGAUGAGCGGAGGGCUGGUGGUGGCGGGGGGAGGCAAUCCGGGGGGAGGCGGAGGGGACAAAGGGGGCAAAGUGAGAUGCUCCCGCAGACUCUGGCUUCUCCUCGGAACGCUGGCCCUCGUCUUCCUCACCUCGCUCUUCUUGUCCGUCUCGCUCCGCGGUGCCGUCGGCUUCAACUACCUGGAGCCCCCCGGGUGGGAGGAGUCCAGGCGGGUGAAGCUGGUGCCCAGCUACGUGGGGGCACACCGGCUGUCACCCCCUGAAGCGUCCCUGCAGAAAACAUGUGCCUGCCCUCGCUGCGUCGGGGACCCCGGAGUCUCGGACUGGUUUGAUGAGAACUACGACCCGGAUAUCUCUCCAGUCUGGACCAGAGACAACAUCCAGCUGCCCCAAGACGUCUACUACUGGUGGGUGAUGUUACAGCCCCAGUUUAAACCCCACAACCUCCAGCAGGUGCUGCUCAGGCUCUUCCAGGUGAUUCCCGGGCGGUCGCCGUACGGCUCGUGGGAUCCAGGGCGCUGCCUGCGCUGUGCCGUGGUGGGGAACUCUGGGAACCUGCGCGGAGCUGGAUAUGGGGCGGCCAUCGAUGGACACGACUAUAUCAUGAGGAUAAAUCUGGCCCCCACUGUGGGCUACGAGGACGACGCCGGCAGCCACACCACGCACCACUUCAUGUACCCGGAGAGCGCCAAAAACCUGGCGGCCAACGUCAGCUUCGUCCUGGUUCCCUUCAAAACGCUGGACCUGGUCUGGAUCACCAGCGCUCUGUCCACCGGCCAGAUCCGAUUCACUUACGCUCCAGUGAAGCAGUUCCUCCGUGUGGAUAAAGACAAGGUUCAGAUCUUCAACCCAGCCUUCUUCAAAUACAUCCAUGACAACUGGACCAAACAUCACGGGCGAUACCCAUCCACCGGCAUGCUGGUCCUUUUCUUCGCUCUUCACGUCUGUGACGAGGUGAACGUGUUUGGCUUUGGGGCCGACAGCCGAGGAAACUGGCACCACUACUGGGAGCAGAACCGAUACUCUGGAGAAUUCAGGAAGACGGGCGUCCACGACGCAGACUACGAAGCUCAGAUCAUCCAGCAGCUGGCCAAGGCCGGAAAAAUCACAGUAUUCCCUGGGAAAUGACCCGGAAAGUCGAUCUGAUCACAAAUGGACCCCGGCUUGGAUUCAAGCUGGAAUAGAAGCUAACAUUUUUUCUGAUGGGGCUCGUCACGUGAGGUGAAGUAGGAUCAAGAGAACAUUUUUCCUUUUUGGGAGCCGAGCCUCCACUCGGACUGUGAAGUGAAAUGCUUCACCGUUAUUGGUCUGAUGUAGGGCUGAACAAUGAGGAAAGCUGGAAAUUAUGGCUGAACAGCUGGACCACUCAGAAAAAACUGCAUCAGCUUUAUUAAGAGAGAUGCAGAAAUCAUCUCUGCCAGUUCAGUAAACUCCAAAUGUUCAUCCAUGGAGGAAUAUUUAAUCCUUGAUUACUGACAAAUUGUCCUUCACACCCAUUCUUCAUGUCAGAAGCUGUUGUGUGACUUAAAUAUCCAGCCAUGUGGGAAUAUUUCGCUGACAAAGAGCUGUCCUUUAGAAACAACAUCCUGCUUUGAUUUGCCUUAAAUUCUCUUUGAGGUUAAACAUACCCCGACUCUGCCAGGGUUGGUAUUGGAGGUCUCUCCCAGGAAACGAGGGCUCGUUAAGCAGGCCUGUGAUAAGUGUGGAUUAUCAGAUAAAACUCCGGAAACAUGAACAUUUCAGCCUUUCGACAAGUCUGACUCCAGAGAGGAGAGCCUCAGAUUAAACGUCAGUAAAGUUUUCAUCAGACAUCAUGGUUGGAUAGAGGUGGGCUGCAUUCUGAACGGGUCCGUCAGGGUUUCAUUUGGGUGAACAGCAGCCGCUACUCAAACGCUGCUUCCAUGUUGGUCAUGUGACCUGCAACCUGGACUGUGAGGAGCGUUUCAGACCAUGGUCCCACGAGACUGGUGGGAGAAAAACCCCUCGCCUUCAUUUACCACUCGACCCGAUCCUGGCUCGGCCAAAUAUGACUUCAGCUCAGUCUGGAGGAGGCGGAGCCGGCCUACGCCUUAGCCUUCACCUCUGAUGGCGACAUUUUCAGAGUGUGCCGCUUCGCUUUCGCUUUGAUUCUUAGAUUUUUGCUCAAACUGCAUUUUAUUUCCUUUGCUGCCAUCCUCAUUCUGUACGUUACCCAUCAAGAUGAAGAAAAAAAAAUGAGAAUCAAAGUGAUAAGCGCUGCAGAAUGGUGUUUUCUUGAUUGUUUUUUUUUUUUUUUUUUUUUUUUUUUGCUUUAAAUAAAAGGAUCCUGAGAGAGGAAGAAGCUAUUUUAAAAGCAACAAAAGGAGUGUUUUUGGUUUUGGAAGUGGCAGAAAUUCCAUCAAAAACAUACAAAUCUUUGAACAAAACACUUGUUCCUACGACAGGCUUCGUUAAAUUUUGUGUUUUUUAAUCACACAAGUUUCAAGUCACGAAAAACAAACAAAAUAGCUAUGAUGACCUGAGUUCAUACAGGAACUUGUUUUAACGUGAUGCUUUCAUGAAUGAAAAAAAGAUACUUACACCAACCCGGUCGUUUGUGAAAAAGUAAUUGCCCUCUGAACCCAGAACUUGGUCGUGACACCCUUGGUGGCAACAACGGUCAUCAAGCACUUGCAGCAACUGGUAAUUGGGCUUUGGCCUUGUUGUGGAGGCAUUUUGAACCUCUCUUCUUCACAAAAGUGUUUUAAUUCAGCCACGCUGGAGUGUUUUCAAGCAAGUAAAGUAGUAUUAAAACAUUUUUCUUUAGUUAACGUCAGAUGGGCACUUUGUGCCGCUUCUGGGCAGCCGUGGUUUGGGCCUUUAAAGCUGCUGUUUUUUACUGUAUUUUUUUUAUUUAUUUUUUUUGUUUAAUUUUGAGUCAUAACCUUUGGUCUUAGCUGAAGCAAAUGGGGUCUGCAAUGCUUAGAUGUUGUUCUGGCUUGUUUUGUGAACUCUUUGAGUAAUUUUGGUUGGCCAGGCACUCCUCUGGAUGUUUUAUCGCUGCUGCAGGUAUUUUCUGUUGGAUAUUGAGUCUCACUGUGAAUAACUAGAUUCCUAAAGCCUUAGAAAUGGCUUUAAAACCCUUCUUGGACAGUUCAGUCAGUGACGUUGUUUCUCAUCUUCUUGAAUUUCCUUAAAAUGGGGCAUGUUGCUAUCAAGAUCUUUUUGCCUUCAUAAUGUUGCCAUAAGACUUUUAUUUUCAUUGAUAUCUUGAUUCUAAAAGUCUGGCAGUAAUAAUAGGACUCGGGUAGCUUUUGUCAUUUAACAAAUGAUUUAGAAAAUUGCCUGCAUUAACUCAUGUCUUUGUCUGACACUAAAAUGCAUUUUAGUUCUCUGAAACAUUUAACUGUGGCAAAAAAAAAAAUAGAGACAUCUGUAAUGAGGGUAAAUACUUUUUCACAACACUUUACAGUUUCAGAAAAAGCAAAAAACGUAACAAUUUAGAAAAUGUAGCCUCCACUUCCAAGACCCCUCCAAAAUAUCUCAUUUUGGCCAGAAAGAGGAGUGAAACCUCGCAGAGAGUCCUUUCUAUCUGUGUUGAAGAAGCAGAACUAUGAAACUCCAUGUGUUUGUGACUGAAAUGUGAGCGAUUUAACUUUGUAUUAUCAUGUUUUUUGGGUUUCUGUUCUAGCAUUGAGCAAGUAAUUUCAGGUGGUAUCACAUGCACACAGAUAUAUAAAGGCUGCCAUGUUAUGUUGUAUUUUUACUGAAACUCAGUGUUCUGCUGGUGUUUUUCUUCCAUGCCAGGUUUUCUUGGAAGCUUCCUUGCUGAGCUGGGCUCAUUUUAACACAACUGAAUCCCAUCAUACUGUUUGUGUUUUCGGUUUCUGUGUCUGUCACAUGCUUUCGUGCCUUGUCUGGCUGCAGGACGACUCUCGCCUGCAGCUACUUCAUCAGCAACGCACACGUGCAACCUUUGUGUUUUUGCUCGUCUCACACAUUCACAUUUCAAGCUGAGAGCUGUGCCUUCUGAGCUGAACAUUUACACACAAACUCGCCACAUGACAACACACUCUGCCUUCUACUUUCUGCUUUGUGCACUUGUUGUUUCUACUAAUGGACAUGAUGUGAACUCAAUGUGGUGAAUUCAUAUGACAGUAUGUACAAAAUCUCCAGAUUCUGUCUUCUUUUCCGUUGUUUUCCUUCUAGGCAGCCAGACUUUCCUUUAAUCUCUUAAAGUAUUAAAGAUUUCUGAGCACUUC